GUACCAGCCCGUACAAUCUUGCUGACUUGUUUAUCCAAUCAGCUGUUGUGCUUGGCUUUGUUGUUGGUGAUGACAUGGACAUAUUUGUUGUUACUGGAAGGCGAGGGUAGAGCGUGGUAAGGAGGGUCAGGUUUGAGCGAUUGAUUUCGAAAUUUUGAAGAAGAAUAAAACGAGGCUUUGUUUUCCCAGGUUUCAACGAUAAAAUAACUGAGGUGGGGGUGAAAAGCGGUUAUGUCGGUGAAUAUGGACGAACUCAGGCAUCAAGUGAUGAUAAACCAGUUUGUUUUGACUGCUGGUUGUGCUGCUGAUCAAGCGAAGCAGCUUCUUCAAGCGGCUCACUGGCAAUUCGAGACAGCCUUAAGCUCCUUUUUCCAGGAGGCCAACAUCCCUAGUCACCACCACCAGAUGAUGUGCACUCCAAGGAACACCCCAGCCACGCCGCCUAACUUCCCCGACACCAUCACCAUGUUCUCCAAGCUGAGGGCGUCAGACUGCUCGGGGAGUUCCGGAAGCGGAGGUCCCACCCAGGUGUCCAUGGCCUGCUCRCCCCCCUCCUCCACAGCUGGCUUCGGAUCCUUCUGGGCCUCAUCACCCCCCAACCACCAGCCCGUCUGGCUGCCCCCCUCCUCGCCCACAGGCCACCACAUGCACCACCACCACUACCAGCACCACCACCACAUGCACCAGACCCCCAUGUGGCCCCCUGUGUCCCAGCCCGGCAGCGCCCAGCAGACCCCUGUUGUAUCGGUCCUGCAUGGCCAGAGAUGAGACUCUACCCAGGUGUGGGAGGGAGGGGGCUGGGGAGGAUAGGGUGGGGCUGGGCUGUGUGCAGCCGAAUGAAUCUACAAGGGGGGGUUAGGUGUCAGGAUUAAAGGGUCUUGUUGGCCAAGGGGAAAAGACACGCUACUGUUGUUUUCCUUCCUUUCUUUCUGUUUUUCUAAAAUGACGAUGAACAAUGUCUUCUUUGGAGGACGUCUGUUUCCUCURUCUCUCUUCAUCAUAACUCAUCAAAGCCUGGGAAGAACCGGGGGAGAACCACUAAUAACAAUAUGAGGAAGUGGAAUAACGAAGGGGGUGGAGUCUCUGAACCCCCCCCCCCCCUAAAGGACUCUGGGAAAUGCAGUUUUCUUCGUCAAUGCAAGUCGAGCUGCUGGACCCAGCAGAGCACUUACUUAGGAUAGGAGCCAUGUGAUCUGCUAAAGUGCUUGAUCAUUGGCUGUUUUUCAAAACUCUUCUCUCCCUUGGGGUUCAAUAACGCUCCAGUGAUGUGACCAGAUUUCACAAUAACCAGCAGACAAAAACAAAAUGGGACUGCAACACAAAUGAUGAUGGUGUUGUGUUCUCGGCUGAUCUUAUGGCCCAGAAAAA